AUGUUAAGUCGUAUAUUAGGAGUGCGUAAUCACUCAUUUCGUGCUUUUUCUACUAUUGGAGUAUGUUAUAACAAGUCAAAUACUUCACCAAAGAAAUAUUUAUCACCAAACGAAUUUGCUUCUCAAAAGCAAGUUGACGAAAUAGAAGAACAAGCAUACAAACAGAAUUUGUUGAAUGAGGAAUAUAAGUACGAUCCCAAAUAUUUGUCUGAAAAUGAAUUAAAUCCUAUUUCUAAGAGACCUAUCCCAUUAAAUGUUGAAUUAUUAAAAUAUAAACCUGUACAAUUACCUCCAACACAUGGACAUGAGGUCGCCAAAAUUGAAUUUAAAGGAUACGACAAAGACGAUCUUAUUAGAGCAUCUGAGUUCGCUGCAAGAGCUGCAUUUUACUUGGGGAUCCCAUGUUCGAAGGUUCAAUCCCUUAAAACCGAAAAGAGAUUAUAUACUGUUAUCAAGUCUCCUUUUGCUCAAGCUAAAUCGAAAGAAAAUUUUAAAAGAACUACCUACGGAAGAAAGGUAUAUGCAUAUGAUGCGACACCAGAAGUUGUAGAUUUGUGGUUAUCGUUUAUUAAUAAGCACGCUAUUGAAGGAGUCAAAUAUAAUGCAUUAAUUCACACCAGAGAAUCGUUAGAUUUCUGUGAGAAAUUGGAUGCUUUAUCCGCCGACGAUAUGCACAUGCCUGAUGCUUAUAAAGGAUCUGACGAUCCAAUUGCUAAUAAGGUAGAAGAGUUAUUAAAAUCGGAUACAUUUAAGAAAUACUUCGAUGAAGCUAAUAUUGCUGAAUCCCCAAAAGAAUCUAAAUAA